GGUGUUGUGGUUCAUCCAGUGCUUGCACAAACCAAGAAUGUCCCUUCCCUUGCCAACUCCUUGGCAUAAGCCACUCUUUUCAGCUGAGAACUCACGAGGUUUUUUCCUUUCAUUUCAUUGGACAAGAUCGUGUCAGAGACCCCACCCGCAUAACGGGUGCUCAGAAACAAGCAAAUCAUCGCUCUUGGCGCAGAAUAGCGGUGGCUCCUCCGCGAUAAGCUGAGGAGCACCCCCUCCCCCUCCUCUCCCCUCCCAGUUACUUCACACUUCGUCCGACGGGCUGAAUCGAAGUACUUACAAUCCGACCUCCGUCAACUUCACACCAACGAGCACUUGCCCUACCAAACAGACAGAUACGCAGAUAAUUCAGCCAAGAUGCCUUCCGUCGUCGAGCAACAGGUUCAGGCCCCUGAGCCCAUGACCGCCAACACCUCCGACAUCACUACCCAACAACCCAAGCCAGCACCAGCCAUGACCACAGGCGACGAGGUUGGACUCCGCGGCGGAGAGUACGGAGCCUGCGACUGCUGUGGCUGCGGAUGCUCGGAGAGCUGCUGCUAAGCGUCCAGAUCACACCCCUACACCAUCGAGGCUCCGCCGAGUCGUGGCCUGUGGAUUGAUCGAGGAGGAGUGGAUAUACCCGGUGGUAAUUGACGGUUGCGUUGCUGCGUUGUUUUGGACGAGGCAGAUGAAAGGGAUAUAUGAAUACACAUUGAAAACACACAAGUCCACGAUUUCAAAAUCCGACGAGCGAUACUUUUAUUUUGGGAGAGGAAGGAGGAGAGCAGAGAACUUCAGGUACCAGAGGAUCAGCCGCUAAGGGCACACCAAAAUACAGGGGUACCCAGCACCUCCUUGGAGAGUUUGAGGGGGAGCCAAG